UGCGCGAAAUGUGAAAGUGGUAACAUUUUUUCACGUGGUUUAGAAAUUCUUGGACUUGUUCUUUUGUAGGCUGUAUUGUCCUUAGAUUAUCAUCCCUUCGCGUCUAUCGCUCACACUUUGCUCUAGGUUAAUAAAUUUUAACCGACACUUGCGCAGUUAAUAAAGAUUUCACUGAUCAGUACUUCCCUAUAUUAUAACUGAGCACUUUUUAUCUGUAAUACGUUAUAUACUAAUAGUCCCUGAUCCUAGUAUUAACCCGUUUAAUACGUAUAAUUAAUUAUAUUCUCAUAUAUAUCUGUUAUACAUGUUUUUAACUCAUACAGCUUCAAAAUAUGUCAAUUAACUUGGGUAAAAGAAAUAUUUCACCAGCUUUCAAGCCUACUAAAAGGUCAAAGUCCGUAACUCCUAAGACUGAAGACUCAGUACCUGAAAAUGAUAAGCAUUUAUCCUUUGAACCCCAUUCUACCUACCCACAAGUGUCACUAACACUACCUGAUCCUCUAAGUAACAACCCCUCUAUUUCUUCGUGCAGUAUGCCAACGGUAAGACUAGUUGACAUAAAAAGCGAAAUGCCCACGUGCAUCAAAAAGUCAACACAGUCCACCAGACCGCAUGCUUUGCUUAGGCCUAGGUCCAAUAUACCAAAAACCAAGGAGUCUAACAGUGUAUCUCACGUAUACGAGAAUGCUGACAUUCGUCAGUUACAAAACUCCCUAGCCGAAAUUUACAGUAGACUUAACCAACUAGCACCCCUCACACACAUAUGGGGUAUUAAUACCGAUAAAAAUCUCGAACAACUCACUAAAGCUGAGUGUAUUUUAGAUUUUGUGGCUGAAGAAGUGCCGAAAAGAAUGAUGUCUUCCCACAAUGCAGUAGUUUACAAUCUCCCUGAUCGCAUACACCCAAAUAAGUUGAGGGAUAUCUGCCUUAAAGCAUGCGAUAUGCUGAAGGUCAACUGCCAAGUCAUCCGCCUUAGAAGAAAGUCGGAUAGAUUGACUCGCCCUCUACUAUUUAAGUUUGGCUGUUGUAACGAUGCUAAACAAUUUAUCGAUUUGAGCAAAAAUAUCAGCUCAUUAGUUCCAUACAAAAGCAUUAAAGUCACUCCUGACCUAACACCGUGUCAACGUCGUAUAAGAAGACGUGAAGCAAUAGAAUCGUAUGACAGAGUGAUAGUAAAAACCCAGCAAAAGACAGUAUGCAACAAAAUGAUUGAUAUAAAGCGCAUGGAUAACAAGCAUGAUGUUAUAUCACAAACGACUAGUCCAUCCGUAGAUCUAGAUGAGUCUGCAGAUCAGAAAUCUUUUAAUAAGAUACGGUCCCCAUCUGUCACUAAAAGGCGUGACGGCAUCUCUGAUCCCGGGUGUUCGCUCAGUAUAAUACCAAAAUGUGCGCCAUGUAACGAAACACAUCCAACUAAACAUAUUCAUGUAAAAAUUGGUUCCCCAAGAGAUACUCCACAAGGGGAUUCGAAUGAACCUAAGUUCAUCUCACAGAGACAAAGAAACUCUUCAUCUCUGACAAAAAAGACUGGGGAGAUAAAAUCCAAAAUACGAAAUAGGGGGACACGUAAGAUUGAGGCCAACUGUUCUGUGGAUAUCCCAACAACAGUGAAUAGGUUCUAUCCGCUGAUAUCAUGUAACUUUCCAUCAACACCUCGCACAAUGGGUAGUACGCUUGAGCGUAACAAACCUUUUUACACGCACACUCACAAAAACUAUCAGAAUACUGAUCACUACACUCACCUUCUUAAGCCUAAAACCGUUAAUAAACAUGGUAAUUACAGGUUCCUCACCCCACACCCUAUGUACAUUCCCCAGAAUCACAAUUGUAAUUACUCUCAGAAUGAGAACUUUCCAGUAUCAACUCACCACAUGAAGACGGCCUCCAUAUAUAACAACGGUCGUAACCACUUCCAGUUACGAGCAUCAGACCCCUCUCAUGCUCGCACUAGCGCAAAUAGUUAUAACAGAGGCUACGAGCUUAACCAUCAAAACUGUCUUGCAUAUAACAGUACACUUUACAGUCAACAUGUACCAGAUUUUUUCGGAAUAAGGCCCCUAGUUGCGCCCCUGUUGAAGCACAUAGCCCUAGUCAUUUCAAACCAAGUGCGGAACAUAAACUCGCUUCCCCCGUACAGUUCGCAUCAGAAAGUACUCCCACCCUUUCCUCCUGGAUAAACUCCCCAAGCAACUUCACUAGCUCAUUUGAUACAUGCCCCAGUAACUCUAGCUAUCAAAAUACAGAGCUAUUGAAAAACACUAAAUCCAUUACUUCAAACAUACAUCACUCACGCGAGGCUCAUGACAUCUUUAAUCGAGAUACUCUCACUCACUUUAACUUAGUAGGCCACUUGUUUAAUAUGUGUCUUAUCAACGCUAGGUCGAUCUGCAAUAAAAAGACUGAUUUAGCUCUGUUUGCUUCCAUAUAUCAACCAUCACUUAUAAUGAUAUCUGAAGCAUGGACUAACAGUAAUAUUUCCGAUCUAAGUAUAUCUCUUGAUAACUACCUCCUAUAUAGAAGCGAUAGAUUGAAAGGACGAGGCGGAGGAUGCCUUAUUUAUGCUCACUCUAGCUUAAACUCACUAAUAUGCGAUAUACCUGAACUAAACAAACUGAAGGACUCGGUGUGGAUUGUUUUAAAGCCAUCAAAUUCUAUUACCUUACUGUUCGGCUGUAUCUACCAGCAACCUAACUUGGCAAUAGGUGAAAUAGCAGUAUUAUCAGAGGUAUUCACACUAGCAUCAUCCCUUCCAUUCACAGGCAAACUCAUUUGUGGUGACUUCAACAUGCCUGAAAUUUCUUGGUUUCCAGUCAAAGCUCCGAAACGUUAUGAAUCAUUUAUUGAAUGUCUAGAACUAGGACAGUGGACUCAAUAUGUUAGUAGCCCUACCAGACAUCAAAAUAUCUUGGACUUAGUCUUUACCAGUGGCAUCACCCCUAAUACUGUGUAUAUUGGAAAAAAGUUUUCAGGUAGUGAUCAUAACACUGUCGUGUGUAGCCUUAAUAUAAAAAACACAAACGGUAGACGUAAAAAUGUAACCCUUCGUAGAAACUAUCGCAAGGUAGAUUGGAAUAAUUUUCACAAUUACCUAAGAAGCACUGACUGGGGAACAUUCUUUACUGCAAACAAUACCGACACACUAACCAAUAUAUUUUAUCACAACAUCGAAAGUAUCAUGAACAAAAUCGCACCUUUAGAGUACUGGAGGCCUAAGUUUUCCAAAGAUGUGUUUAUACCGGUCGGUACACGAAGACGUCUGCAGAGACAUUGUACUCGCUUCCACAACUCUAAUGACUUCUCCUCUUUAGUAACGAUGACAGAAAUACUUGUCCAGACAAACACAAUAAGUACAC